UCAUCGAUAUGCCGAAUUUACCUGAACCUUAAAGUUUUUUAAUGGUAAUAGGCACCCUGAAGUAUCCAUAGAGAAUGCAUUAUAAAAAUGGAGAUUUUCAAAUGAUUGGUUGGCUCAGCCUGAGUUGCUGUGGGACAGAAUUACAAAUGCUGCCUUGUUCUACAUGCAAAUGAGUAGGAUGCAGUAAUGGAAACUGAAUUACUCUCAUUAACAAAACCUUUACAGAGGGAAGGUGUGUGAAGUGAUCCACGGGACGCUUACUCACAUUGCAUAACAAUUCAGUACACAUAUAUCAAUGUAUCUGCUGGUCUUUAGUUUUACAAAGUAAAAUCAUAAAGGCUCGGUGCAUCCCUAUUACACGUAAUGUUCAUGUUGUCUUCCUACUGAUCCCCUCUCGAAUCGAACCUCUCUCGCUGACAGGCUCUCGUUCAACAUGAGCUCAGACGUCUGCCCCGCUGAUGGCUCCCAUUCCUCGUGUCCCGCGGCUGCUCCCGUCAACGAAGUCCCGCAGGUUGAAACGUGCCAACAAACCGUGGCGUCGCCGCGAGGUUCGGAGGCGGAGGAGGUUGACUCCUACAGUCUGAUCGAGCCUCCCCCGUUGGACUGGAGGUCCGACUCCUCCAGUGAGGCGGGCUCAGCAGAGGACCUGGACCACCCUGGCAUCCUCGCCUCCGCCGACGAUGAUCUGGACGAGACGAGUUCGGCUGGGCCGGUGUUACCGCCUCUGUUUGCUGUCGCCGCUGCGAGCCAGCGGCAGCGUGAAGGAAACGCCGCAGUGCCGGUCGGGGACAUUUUGCUGGAAUCGGAAGAGGCGCGUGGGUUAGCUGAGGCAGCGGUUUGUGUCGACGGCGUGUCGGUCGCCGGGAACGGGGCAAGCGAUGCGGAGGUCGCGGUCAGUGAGAGGGAAGCGGAGGUCGCUGACCGGAGGUCAGCCGACGAAGACCACAGCCGCAUCCACAGCUUGCUUAGCCAGCUCCAGCUGAUGGGGGAAGAGCCUCGUCCCGGCCGCAGGACGCCGCCUCGCCUCGCCCAGCGCCCCCACCCGCCUGAGCUGGAGGCAUGUGCUCCCGCCCCGUUGACACGAGACCCACCGGAGACCACCGGGCUGCUGUUCUCUGAGAGCCACCAGAGAGACGUGGCGGGGCUGCUCCGCUUCACGGACACGCAGAGUCCCACCUGUCUGUCCCUCGGAGGGGACGUGGACGCCGUGGUGUCAGUUUCCUACAGCCCGGAGGAUGCUCAGAGGUUCUGGGGCCGUUGUGGGAACGGUCAACGUCAUCAUCAGCAGCAGCAGCGGCACAGGGACGACUCCAUCAACUCUCUGCCUGAUGAUGAGUAUCCUGAGCCGGUGUGGAUGAAGCUGAAGGAAGAGGAGGCCGCCGCAGAGGGCGAGCAGGAGAUCGAGAGUGCCGAUCACCCCUCGUAUAAAAACGUGCCCGGCCCGUGUGACCCUGAAGACCUGUUGGAUGGAGUGAUAUUUGGUGCCAAGUAUUUGGGCUCCACUCAGAUCAAAUCGGAGAAGAACCCGUCUACAAACGCUCGAAUGAAACAGGCUCAGGAAGCAGUGGACCGCAUUAAGGCUCCAGAAGGAGAGUCCCAGCCGAUGACGGAGGUGGAUCUGUUCAUCUCAACUCAGCGGAUCAAAGUUCUCACUGCUGACACUCAGGAAGCCAUGAUGGAUCACGCUCUGCAGAUGAUCUCUUACAUUGCAGACAUUGAUAACAUUGUGGUCCUGAUGGCACGGAGGAAACGUAAAGGCCAGGACAGCGACUCGGCCUCUAACUCUUCCUCUUCAUCCUCCUCCGGGCCUCAGAAGAAGUGCCUGAUGAUCUGCCACGUCUUCUUCUCUGACGACGCCCAGGUCAUUGCCCAGGCUAUCGGUCAGGCCUUCGGUGUGGCGUACCAGCAGUUUCUCCAGGCCAGCGGCAUCAAGGCCAGCGAUCUGAGGCCUGGCGAGUAUAGCGACUACCUGGAGAGCCAGGAGCUCUAUAACGGAGACCUCGCCCACUUUUCGGACUCUCAGAACAUCCGAGACGUGGUCAUCACCAAGGCUGCUGGGGAGAUCCUGGGUCUGGCGGUGGUGGAGUCGGGCUGGGGUUCCAUCCUGCCCACAGUGGUGGUGGCUAACCUCCUUCAUGGAGGUCCUUCCGAGCGCUGCGGCGAACUCAGCAUUGGGGACCGCAUCAUGUCUGUAAACGGCACCAGCUUGGUGGGCCUGCCCAUCACCACAUGCCAGAACGUAAUCCGGGACUUAAAAAGCCAAAAGUAUGUGAAGCUUAGCAUCGUCCACUGCCCGCCGGUCACCAUGGCAAUCAUCAGGCGGCCAGAACCCAAGUUUCAGCUGGGCUUCAGCGUGGAGGACGGCAUUAUCUGCAGUUUGAUGCGCGGCGGUAUAGCAGAGAGAGGAGGCAUUCGCGUUGGGCACCGCAUCAUUGAAAUCAACGGUCAGAGUGUCGUCGCCACACAACACGACAAGAUCAUCCAGAUCCUGACCAAUGCUGUUGGGGAGAUUCACUUGAAGACCAUGCCAGCCUCAACGUAUCGACUCCUAACAGGACAGGAGCAGCCGGUGUUUCUAUGAGCUUAUGCUGCAUCGAGGACAAAAUACUGCACAGUGUUCAAGCUACAUGAACUUUUGCCAAACUAAGAAAAUAUUAUGCAAUUUAUUAUACAGCACAUGUUUUCACGCCACUGAACACAACAAACUGGGAUAGUGUUUUUAAUGUGUAAAGUGGAUUGUUAUAUUUUGAAGCAAAUUUUAAAGCAACAGCGUUAGAUAAAUAUAGACAAAAAAAACUACCAUCUGACAUUUAACAAUGCACCCGGUAGCUGAGGUAUAUUCAUUCAUGUGCAAAAUAUAUUUUGAAUUCACUAACUUUUGGUUUUGAGGAUGCUGUACCUUUUGGUCUUCCGGCCUGGUGUGCCUGAACUUAUUCUGCUUUCAGGAGAAACAUUUUUGAAUCAUGUUUUUAUUUUAUUAUGAUGUAUUUCUACACGUGUGUCUUUCACACGCAUUAGAGCCCACACUUCCCUGAAUGUGCCUAUUAUGAAGCAGGAAUCAUGCACAAUUAAAGGUAACUGCCAUAUUUCAUAAAAAAGGUGCGUAUAUAUUUUAAUAAUUUGCUUUUUUCGAUGUUUAUUAUAUUCAUAUGUAAGAAAUCUUCUUGAUGUUAUUUAUUCAGAGUCCUUUGUCGCUGAAUAGGUUUCAGAUUUUCAGAUUUUCUUUUUUUCAUUUUAAAACAACUGUCAACUGUCAACUGUUUACAUCGGACAGCUUUAUGAAUAUGCUGUCCCUGCCACACAUGUUUGUAAAAGAAAUGUACAUCUUUGUAACACUUGCAAAUACAAUGCCAUGUAUUAAUAUCUCUUCUGCUAUUUUAUAACUGCACAAUGUAAUUCUAUUCUGCUUGGGCUAAUAAAAUAAUUAUUUCAUUGAA